AUGAGGACGUCGGGACGCUAUUGGGUGGACGUGGGUGGGAUCCCUCUCCUCCUCCUCCUCCUCCUGCCCCUGCUCUCGACCUGGGCUGUGGCAGUCGAUGCGGGCGAGCCGAGUUUGACGGUGGAUGGGGAGGGCACGCUUUAUAUCAAUUCGACCAAUCGCGUGGUCGUCAACGGUGUGGAUGUGGUGAAAACCUUGCGAUCGCUGGCGGUCGUGAGCCCGAUCGCGUUUGAGAGUCACACCAUCAGCACGGACGCCAAUUAUGCGUACUCGGUGUAUGCGGCGGAUCUGGACAACGACAAAGACGUUGAUGUUCUCAGCGCCAGCCGUGAGGACGACAAAAUUGCGUGGUACCGCAACAACGGCGACGGCACCUUCUCCGAGCAGAUCAUUAUUAGCACAGACGCCGACUUUGCGGUGUCAGUGUACGCAGCGGAUCUGAACAACGACGGCUUUCUCGAUGUCCUCAGCGCCAGUUCGCGCGACAACAAGAUUGCGUGGUACCGAAACGACCGUGCUGGCAUCUUCUCCGAUCAGAUGGUCAUCACCACAGGCGCCCAAUUUGCACGUUCAGUGUAUGCAGCAGACUUGGACAAGGACGGCUACCUCGAUGUCCUCAGCGCCAGCGCGGAUGACAAUAAGAUUGCGUGGUAUCGCAACAACGGCAAUGAGACUUUUUCCGACCAAAUGGUCAUCACCACGGAUACUUCUCGCGCAUGGUCCGUGUACGCGGCCGAUUUGGACAAUGAUGGCUACCUCGAUGUGCUCAGCGCCAGUGAGGAUGACAACAAAAUUGCGUGGCACCGCAACAACGGCAACAGCACUUUUUCCGGCCAGAUGGUCAUCACCACCAAAGCCAAUGGCGCACGUUCGGUGUACGCGGCAGAUCUGGACCAGGACGGCGAUCUUGAUGUGAUGAGCGCGAGUGCCAACGACAACAAGAUUGCGUGGUACCGCAAUGACGGCCAAGGCAACUUUUCUCCCCAAAUUGUCAUUUGCUUGACUGCCGAUACUGCGGUAUCCGUGUACGCGGCAGAUCUGGACCAAGACGGCAACCUCGAUGUACUCAGCGCUAGUGCUGUUGACCAUAAAAUUGCUUGGUACCGCAACAAGGGUGAUGGUGCCUUCUCCGACCAGAUUGUCAUUACCACAGCCGCCGUUGGCGCACACUCGGUAUUUGCGGCGGACUUGGACAACGACGGUGACCUCGAUGUUCUUAGUGCCAGUCAGACCGACUCCAAGGUGGCAUGGUACCAAAACAAGCUGGGCGAUAUGGUUCCUUAUGCUUGA